CCGUUCUAGCUCUUUUUGCCUUUAAAGCAGAGCGCAGCUCAGGGAAGCGGGCGGAGAACUGGAAGAGCAUCGCUGCAGCUCCUUCACAUCCAACAUCUGACUACUGUCUACAGCAGGUCCUCAUCAUCACGAUGGUACACAAAGAGUUUCAGACUGCAGGGAAGAAGCCUGGCCUGCAGGUGUGGCGGGUGGAGAGCAUGGAUCUGAAACCCGUCCCUCCUGAACUCUAUGGAGACUUCUUCAUCGGCGAUGCUUACAUCUUGCUCCACACCACCAAGGCUCCUUCUUACAAUGUCCAUUCGUGGAUUGGCGAUGAAGCUUCUCAGGAUGAGAGUGGGGCGGCUGCCAUUUUCAUAACUCAGCUGGAUGACCACCUGGCCGGAGCUGCAAUCCAAUACAACGAAUUUCAAGACCGAGAGUCGAUCACCUUUCUGAGCUACUUCAAGUCAGGCAUCAAAUACAAGAAAGGUGGAGUUGCCUCUGGCUUCAAACAUGUGGUCACCAAUGACGUAGCUGUUAAACGCCUGCUGCACCUGAAAGGCCGUCGACCGGUCAGAGCCACGGAGGUGGAGCUGUCCUGGAAAAGCUUCAACAAAGGAGACUGCUUCAUCAUUGAUCUGGGGAAGAACAUCUACUGCUGGUUUGGCAGUGAAGCGAAUCACUUCGAGAAGCUCAAAGCCACUCAGAUGGCCCGAGAUAUCCGUGACAAUGAGCGAAACGGCCGUGCUGAGGUGCACACGGUCGAUGAAGGUGCUGAGCCGGCAGCUGUGACUACGGAACUCGGAGCCAAACCCGACCUCCCACCAGGAAGCACCGAUACAGAUGUUGAAACGACAAACAGGAACAAGGCGUCGCUUUAUCUGAUUUCUGAUGCUGCUGGCACCAUGAAGACGUCUUUGGUGGCUGAUAAAAACCCAUUCAAACAGGGCAUGCUGUCCCAGAACGACUGCUACAUCCUGGACAAUGGAGUGGACAAUCAGAUAUUUGUCUGGAAAGGACGCAACGCAAAUAAAGAAGAGCGCGCAGCAGCGAAGGCUGCUGCAGACAAGUUCAUCGCAGAGCACAAUUACUCCAGUAAAACUCAGGUCCUGAUAGUGCCAGCAGGGAGUGAGCCCACCUUGUUUAAGCAGUUCUUCUUCAAAUGGUUUGAAGGGAAUAUCACAGGCCCGGGUCAGACCUACACAGUAGGUCGUAUCGCCAAGGUGGAGCAGAUUCCCUUUGACCCAUCCAAGCUCCACAACAACCAUGCCAUGGCUGCCCAGCAUGGCAUGGUCGAUGAUGGCUCCGGGAAGGUCCAGAUUUGGCGUGUGGAAGGAGGGGAUAAGGUUCCUGUGGAUAAAUCCACCUAUGGGCAGUUCUUUGGAGGUGACUGUUACCUGCUGCUGUACUCUUACAACCACGGAGGCAGAGAGAGGCACAUCAUCUACACAUGGCAGGGGCAGAAAUGCACUCAGGAUGAACUGGCUGCUUCAGCCUUCCUCACUGUCCAGCUGGAUGAUUCCAUGGGUGGAGUCGCAACACAGGUUCGCGUCACUCAGGGUCAAGAACCCUCCCAUCUCGUGAGCCUGUUUAAGGACAAGCCCCUGGUCAUCCACCUGGGUGGGACGUCCCGUAAGUGUGGAGAGACCAAGCCGAGCAGCACGCGGCUCUUUCACGUCCGCAAGAGCUGCACCAACGCCACCCGAGCCGUUGAGGUGAAGCCCCUUGCCUCCUCUCUGAACACCAAUGAUGUGUUUGUGCUGAAGACGCCUGACUGCCUUUUCCUGUGGAAGGGAAAAGGUGCGAGUUCGGACGAGGUGGCUGCAGCCAACUAUGUUGCCAGCCUCCUCGGAGGAACUGCUACUGUGCUGGAAGAGACACAAGAGCCAGCUAUUUUCUGGGCUGCUCUGGAUGGUAAGAAAGAAUACCAGACGUCCAAGGCCUUGCAGGGAGUGGUCCAUCUGCCACGACUCUUUGGAUGUUCAAACAAAACUGGCAGGCUAACGGUGGAAGAAGUGCCCGGUGAAUUCUCACAGAUUGACCUAGCAACUGAUGAUGUCAUGAUUCUGGACACCUGGGAUCAGAUUUUUGUUUGGAUCGGAAAGAAUGCAAAUGAAACGGAGAAAACUGAAUCACCAAAAAUGGCCAAACAGUACGUGGAUACAGACCCCUCUGGCCGUCGCGGUACCCCCAUCACCAUCCUUAAGCAGGGGGAGGAGAUCCCGUCCUUCACCGGAUGGUUCCAAGCUUGGGACCCAAACUUGUGGGAACAAGACCUUUAUGCCCAAUAGAAUUUAAUAGCAAAAACACCCUUUCUUCAAAUCUGGAUAGUUUGAAUGCUUAGCAUGCUUUGUUGACCUUGAAGCAUAAAUUGACACAUAAGAUGCAGCUUCUCUGCAGAUGAGCUUAGAGGGCAGUUUAGAGGUGUGAUGCAUGUUAAUAAAGAUUUAAAUAUUUACAGCUCACAAGUUUGGGGUCACAUCUUCUUGGAAGAUGAUUAAUCUAAUCCUACGUUUGACUUUCACCGAGACCUGAGAAUCUACAUUUUAUUCACACUGUCUCAGUCUGAAUAACUAACGCUGAGUCUGAGAAAAUUACAUUUGUUUUUAGAUAAAAUAAAAUUAAAAUGAUCAUAAAUCUAGUAGAAGACGAUUAAUUAUUGACCUCUGAUUUUUAAGGUGGUAUUUAUGUAAGUGAUCAGAGCCCUGGUUUUAGCAACUGUCUGUGCUGUUUCUGCAACAUGUUACCAAAAGCAAAUUUACCUUAAAAGGCUGCACAUGGUGGUUAGCACUGCUGCCUCACAGCGAGAAGAACACCGUAGACCAGGGAUCCUCAACUCCAGGUCUUGAGGUCCGGUGUCCUGCAGGUUUUAGAUGUGUCCCUGAUCCAACACACCUGAAUCA